AUGAGUCUUUCCGCCGCCCUCCGCCCGUCGCGCACACUCGCCUCUCCCCGCCUCUCGCCCCGCUCCCCCGCCUGCGCGUCCGCGUCUCGGCCAUCUUGGCGAUCAACCGGCUCGUCGCAAUGCCCAUCGUCAGCGUUGCGAAGCUCGUUUGCGAAUGGCGAAGAGCUAAAGCGACGAACUUCGCUGGGUCAAUUGCCGCAAAGUCGCAGGCCGCAUCGCCUAGCCGCCAGGGUCCGUAUCCCCUUCUCUCCUUCCGCACCUCCUCCAUCUCGCCCCCCUUCGCGCCCGAUUGUAGCUCCGCUCCUGCCCCCCGUCGCCGCGUCCCUUGCGCAAUUGCCACCAUUGCGUCGCGCCGCGCGCUGUCCUCUCCAUCCCCCUCCCCUCCCCAUCCCCCCUCUUCUCCCUGUUCCCACUCUUCUCCCCAUCCUCCCUCUCCUCCCAAUCCUUCUUUUCCUCCCCAUUCCACCUCUCCUCCCCAUCCCGCACCAGGCCGCGGCGGCGGGCGCGGGGGCGGCAGCGCCAGGAGGCGGUGAGGGGGCGGCGGGGGGCAGCCCGGCGGGGGCGGGGCUGGCGGAGCGAGUGGUGGCGUUUCAGCGCGCGUUCUGGAAAUUCCUCCGCCCGCACACCAUCCGCGGCACCGUGCUCGGCACCUCCGCGGUGGUGGCGCGCGCGCUGCUGGAGAGCCCGCAGGCGAUCGACUGGGGGCUGAUGCCGCGCGCACUGAGAGGGCUGCUGGCGCUGCUGUGUGGUAAUGGGUACAUCGUGGGCAUCAACCAGAUCUAUGACACUGACAUUGACAGGGUGAACAAGCCGUUCCUGCCAGUGGCAGCAGGCGAGCUCUCCCCAACCCUCGCCGCGCUGCUCUGUCUGCUGCUCUCAGCUGCCGGCCUGGCCAUCGUGGCGCUCAACUUUGGGCGGCUCAUCACGGGGCUGUACGCGCUGGGGCUGCUGCUGGGGACCGUGUACUCGGUGCCGCCGCUGCGCCUCAAGCAGUAUCCCCUCCCAGCCUUCCUCAUCAUCGCCACGGUGCGCGGAUUCCUGCUCAACUUCGGCGUGUACUAUGCCACACGCGCUGCACUCGGCCUGCCCUUCGCCUGGAGUCCGUCGAUAGUGUUCAUAACGUGCUUCGUGACGCUGUUCGCCACUGUCAUCGCCAUCACCAAGGACCUGCCUGACAUCGAGGGCGACAGGCAGUUCAAGAUAGAGACCUUCGCCACGCGCCUGGGGGUGCGCAACAUCGCCUUCCUGGGCUCGGGGCUGCUCAUCGCCAACUACUGUGGCGCCGUCGCUGCCGCCCUGCUGCUGCCACAUGCGUUUCGCCAGGCUGUCAUGAUUCCCGCCCAUCUGCUCCUCGCUGCUGCUCUCGUCUACCAGACGUGGAAGUUGGAUGCAGCAGCCUACACCAAGUACAUAGUGGUAAUUAAAGUCACAGACAAGAAAGGGCCAGCAUUCCUUUCCGUAGUUCGUUCUGCUGAGGGCUUCGCGCGAAAGGGGGGGAGGGGCUGCGCGAGCGAGCGAGCUAUUGCGGGAAGGGGGGGUCGGUGCAUGGAUCCGAAGCAGGGCUCGUCGCACUCCGGCGAGCGGAAGAACCUCAAGCGGAAACUGGCGGACUCCGCGUGCCCCUCAGGCUCGGAAGACAGCCGCGCGUUGGCGACGGCAGAGGUGCAGGCGCACAUCGCGGUGCUCAAGGGGUCGCUGACGUGGCGGGAGGCGGAUCGAGUGGCGGCGAGGAAAGCGGCUCAUGCGAUAGCGGAGCUCGCGAAGCACGAGGAGCACGUGGACGCCAUAGUGGAGGAGGGUGCCAUCCACGCGCUCGUGCCGCACCUAUCAGCGCCGGCGGUGGAGGAGGGCGACGGGCCAAUCGCGUGCGAGCACGAGGUCGAGAAGGACGCCGCUUUCGCGCUCGGCCUGCUCGCCAUCAAGCCCGACCACCAGCGGCUAAUAGCGGAUUCGGGCGCCCUCACCGCGCUGGUGGCGCUGCUAAAGCGGCGGCCAGGCCAACCGCCCGCGGCAUCAGCAGCAGCCGCGCCCGCUUCAGCGCCAACCGCCCUCGGGCUCGCCCCCGCAGGCACCACAGACGGCGCAGCAGCAGGGGGCGCGCAUGUAGGCGGGGCAGGGGGAGCAGGCGCGGGGGCAGGCGGAGUGGGGGCGGAGGGGGGGGCUGGGGCGAGCCCUGCAGUGGCGCGUGUGGUGAAUGGCGUGGUGCGGCGAGCAGCAGACGCCAUCACGAAUCUGGCGCACGAGAAUGGAACCAUCAAGAGCCGAGUCAGGGCGGAGGGCGGAAUACCACCGCUGGUGGAGCUGCUGGAGUCGCUGGACCCCAAGGUGCAGCGCGCUGGUGCAGGCGCUCUCAGGACACUCGCCUUCAAGAACGAGGCCAAUAAGAACCUGAUAGUGGAGUGCGGAGCGCUGCCAACGCUCAUCUUCAUGCUGCGAUCGGAGGACACGGGCAUCCACUACGAAGCGGUGGGCGUGAUAGGCAAUCUGGUGCAUUCCUCGAUGAACAUCAAGAAGCUCGUGCUGGACGAGGGCGCGCUGCAACCAGUCAUCGGCCUGCUCAGCUCGCGGUGCACGGAGAGUCAGCGGGAGGCAGCGCUGCUGCUGGGGCAGUUUGCCACCACGGACCCCGAGUGCAAGGUGCGCAUAGUGCAGAGGGGGGCAGUGCGGCCGCUGAUCACAAUGCUGGAGGCGCCCGACCCGCAGCUCAGGGAGAUGGCCGCCUUUGCCCUCGGCAGACUGGCGCAGAACGCGGACAACCAGGCGGGCAUAGUGCACGACGGGGGGCUGCGGCCGCUGCUGGAGCUGCUGGAGUCGAAGAAUGGCAACCUGCAGCACAACGCCGCCUUCGCGCUCUAUGGGCUCGCAGAGAACGGGGACAACGUGUCGGAGGUGGUGAGGGAGGGCGGCGUGCAGCGCCUGGUGGAUGCGGAGCUGAUUGUGCAGGCCAGCAAGGACUGCGUGCAGAAGACACUCAAACGGCUGGAGGAGAAGAUGGAGGGCAAGGUGCUCCGGCAUCUGCUGUACCUGCUGCGCCAGUCAGACAAGAGCGUGCAGCGGCGGGUGGCGGCAGCGCUGGCGCACCUGUGUCCCGAGGGGCAGCAGCGCGCCAUCUUCGUGGGGGCGGGCGGGCUCGACAUUCUGCUCGCCAUGCUCGCCUCGCCGCCCUCGCCCCGCCUGCAGCGCGAUGCUGCUGUGGCCCUGCGCACACUCAGCAAGCGCGCCACCACUCUCAACCCCAUCGACACCGCGCCGCCUCCCCCCACGCCCCAGGUGUAUCUGGGGGAGCAGUACGUCAACUGCCCCACGCUCUCAGACGUCACCUUCCUCGUUGAAGGGACGCGCUUCUACGCGCAUCGAAUCGCCCUGCUCGCCUCCUCCGAUGCCUUCCGAGCCAUGUUUGACGGCGGCUACCGAGAGGAGAAGGAGGCGAAGGACAUAGAGAUUCCCAACAUCAGCCUGCCUGUCUUUGAGAGCAUGAUGAGGUGCAUAUACACGGGGGCGGUGGAGGUGCGGCCAGAGAUGGCACAGGACCUGCUGAGGGCGGCGGACCAGUACCUGCUGGAGACGCUCAAGCGCCUCUGCGAGCACGCCAUUGCGCAGGAUCUGACGGUAGAGAACGUGGCGAAUGUAUACGAGCUGGCGGAGACGUAUCAUGCGCAGUCGCUGCGGCAGAUGUGUGUGCUGUUCGUGCUGGACCACCACGAGCAGAUGUGCAACCUCCCCGGGUACAAUGCACUGCUGCAGCGCAUGGUCCCAGAGACACGUGAAUACAUCUCCCGUGUGCUUCGGCCUCGCCUGCCCUGA